AUGAGUCCUGCUGCUCAACAUGAAAACGCGCGCGAAUCCGUCGGCCGCGGCGUCCUGCGUGCUGUAGUGUUGUACAACAGUGAGUCACAGCACGCACCGCGCUCACGUGCAGCUCUAGCUGACACCAGCGGCUCGCUACUGCAGGACGCGGUAAUUGGACACGGCCGAGCAUUUGUUUGUAUAUUUGUACAUUACGUGCACAAUAUCAUAGUUUGUUUUGAAGCGCGGUAUACUCGCGGCACGGGCCAGCUGCAGUGCAUAGUGGAGGAGAGAUCUACUUACCGAGAGCUGUCGGUGUGUGUGCGGUCGCGCGGUCGAGCGAGUGACUACAGUCAGAGAGGUUAUUCGUGUAUGGUGGCGGCCGCGAUACGUGCGUCCCGCGCGAAGGCCCGGCGCCGACUGGCCGCGUCGAUCGAUAGCCCCGCCACCGCCGCGUUACGUUUCCUUUACACCAAUCAUUUCGAACCAAUUGGAGCAUCGAUCCUCAUGGAUCUCCAAACGUUCCUAGUGGACAAGUUCACGCGAUGGUCACCGCCAGAACCCAAAGUGCUGAAGAGAACGAAAUGUUCCAUCACUCUGGACUGGCACAAUGUGGAGCCGUUCGACUUCAUCCGCGACCAGCUGCUGUACAGGUUGGAGAAGAAUGAGAAAAUACCUCCGUGGGUAGUUGUCUAUAGAGGCGGCAAAACUUCAAAGGAGAUAGACAACCUGGCGUCGAGGCACUGCCACAAGUUCCGGCUGCGAGUGAUCGUGCAGGCGGCGGCGGUGCCGGCGCUCGCGGCGCGGGCGCUGCGCUACUACGGAGGCGAGGCCGCUGUGUACGACAGCAUGAGGGGCAUCGGAGACAGUGACGACAGCAGUGGUGAGGGUGACGGUCCACACACGGGAGCAGCUCGGUCUGAUGACAACGUUGAAGUGCAAGCAGAACGAGACAAACAGCACGCAACUAAACGCGAGAGCGUGAUGGAAAUAGUUAAUAAUAAAUAUCUCCGUGCAUUGCGUCUCAUACUUCGACUAAUGUGCAUCUGUCCGUGGUUCAGGCCGGCUGCUGUACCGGCAGCAGGUCAGAAGUGGCUGGCCUCGCAGUGGUCGGCGCUGACGUGGAGCAGCACGGACACCGACGGCACCUCCGCCGUCUGCUUCUGCAUGGCCGUGCGCUGUGGCUACCUCAAGCAGGCGAGUGCACACACACACAUACACUCGUAUCGACACAUGUCCUCACAUCAUCGGGAACUAAACUCAUGCAUUUCUAACUAUUAG